AUGAAGGGGGCUGAAAAAUACAUAAGGCAGGAUGAUGCCUUAGUAACAAGCAGGUUCGCCAGGGGAGCGUCAGACAAGGGGAAAGCACCGAAGGAAGGAAGGCCGGAGAAGCACGAGAAAAAGCAUGGCAAGAGACCUGAGCCUUACCGACAAUCCUGGGAUCGAAGGGACCAAAGACCUCUCCCUCCUCGGGCCUCAGAACAAAGGUCACUCCCCCCGUGGGUUCCGGAAACACCGACCCCUCUCAGCGUCUCUAGAGCCGAGGUGCUCAUGGCUGUCCAGGACAAGGAGUUCCUUCAAUGGCCUAGGCCUAUGAAAACGGAAGCAAGCCAACGAGAUCCUGACAAAUAUUGUCAAUACCAUCGCACACAUGGCCACGACACCAAUAACUGUUUCCAGUUAAUUACAAAGAUCGAAAGGUUGAUAAAAAGAGGGUACCUCAAGAACUUCGUAAGGAAACCAGAGGGACAGAGGCCUCCGCCCAAUCCAGCAGCCCAAGCGCCAAGGAAAACAGGAUCCGGACCAGUAAAUGAUGGGUCCAGUGGGACCAUCAACAUGAUUGUUGGGGGAACAGGAGGCAGGAUGAGCCGUAGAGGGAAGAAGAGGAGCCGAAAUGGAGAGGGCAGUAGCGCCGAGAUCAUGCAGGUCGUUGAGCACACUCUAGUGACCGUCACUUUCUCUCUGGAGGAUGCUCAAGGUGUUCAAAUGCCCCAUGACGACGCUCUUGUCAUCGAAGCCGUCAUUCACAACUAUCGGGUGAAAAAGAUCCUAGUGGAUGACGGGAGUAAGGUUAACCUGUUGCCGUACCAGGUCUUCUAG